CUUAUCGCCCACAUGCAGUAACGUCUGUUUUCCAUGUCUUUCGCGGCCAGUUCAUCAAAUCAUCACACAGCUCACCCACCAUGUCACACUCAUUUCACACUGUCACACUCACUCUGUUACUGAAGCAGCCAAGGUUCUCGGUGGAAAGACCAGUAGCUUCUCUAAGACCUGCUCAUCUAGACCUUGUAUCGGAAGUCUACGAGGGGCCACUUAACAGUACAACUCGCGCGACAGACAUCGAAGAUGAGCCUCUCACCCAUCAUGUGAGCGUGUACCACAGUGGCAGAUCUGAUGAACCGGCAUCUAAACCAGAGAAACCCGAAGAAGAGCAAUUCGACAUCCCUGGAGCAGCCAAGGCUCUUGGUGGAAAGAGCGGCCUCUCCAAGAAGGGUACUGCUCAUCUCGACUAUCCCGUAUCGGAAGUCUACGAGGGACCACUUGGCAGCAUAAAUCGCGCCACUGACAUUGAAGGUGAACCACUCACCCUCUAUGUCACAGUCUACCAUAGUGGCAGAUCUGAUGAACCGGCAUCUAAACCAGAGAAACCCGAAGAAGAGCAAUUCGACAUCCCUGGAGCAGCCAAGGCUCUUGGUGGAAAGAGCGGUCUCUCCAAGAAGGGUACUGCUCAUCUCGACUAUCCCGUAUCGGAAGUCUACGAGGGACCACUUGGCAGCAUAAAUCGCGCCACUGACAUUGAAGGUGAACCACUCACCCUCUAUGUCACAGUCUACCAUAGUGGCAGAUCUGAUGAACCGGCAUCUAAACCAGAGAAACCCGAAGAAGAGCAAUUCGACAUCCCUGGAGCAGCCAAGGCUCUUGGUGGAAAGAGCGGCCUCUCCAAGAAGGGUACUGCUCAUCUCGACUAUCCCGUAUCGGAAGUCUACGAGGGACCACUUGGCAGCAUAAAUCGCGUCACUGACAUUGAUUGUGAACCACUCACCCUCUAUGUCACAGUCUACCACAGUGGCAGAUCUGAUGAGCAGGUGCCGAAACCAGAAGAAGAGGGCGCCCUACUAUGCUCAAGUUCCUGCAAGCCUAAUGUGCAAUGAUGGUUGAAUGGAUAAGAGUCAUCUUUAUAAGAGAACGAUUGCGUGAUCUAAUCCU